UACAUCACUUUCAAGAUGGCUCGACGUUAUGACACAAGGACCACUAUCUUUUCCCCUGAGGGGAGACUGUACCAAGUGGAGUAUGCUAUGGAAGCCAUAGGCCAUGCAGGAACCUGCCUGGGAAUUCUGGCAAAGGAUGGUAUUUUGUUGGCUGCAGAGCGACGAAACACCAACAAACUUCUGGAUGAAGUGUCAUACUCUGAAAAGAUAUAUCGUCUCUACGAUGAUAUGGCAUGCAGUGUGGCUGGGAUCACAGCCGAUGCCAACGUGUUGACAAACGAACUCCGGCUCAUUGCCCAGAGACACAUCUUGCAGUAUCAAGAGGCAAUUCCAUGUGAACAAGUUGUGUCUGCACUUUGUGACCUAAAGCAGGCCUACACACAGUAUGGAGGCAAACGUCCAUUUGGUGUGUCCAUCUUGUACAUGGGUUGGGACAAACACUAUGGCUACCAGCUGUACCAGAGUGAUCCCAGUGGCAACUAUGGAGGCUGGAAAGCCACAUGCAUAGGAAACAAUAGUGCGAAUGCUAUUUCACUCCUCAAACAAGAGUACAAAAGUGGAGAUAUAAAUCUGAGUGCAUCUCUUGAUCUGGCCAUCAAAGUUCUUAGCAAGACUCUUGACAUGACUAAGGUCACUGCUGACAAAGUCGAGAUUGCCACCCUGACCAGGAAGGAUAACAAGACAGUGAUCCGCAUCCUCUCCGACUCGGAGGUGGAGGUUCACAUCAAGAACUUUGAGGAAGAGGAGGCGAAGCUGGAGGCAGAGAAGAAGAAGGAAGCAGACAAGAAGAAAGCUUCAGAAAAGCCAAGUGACAAAUGAUGGAUGAGCGUGAUUAGGAAUGUGUCUUUGCCCCUUUUCAUUAUUUGACGUAUGUUUCAUUUUAAUAUGUGAAUGCUGAUGGAUGAUUUGUGGUUGGUUUUUGAUCGGAUAUUUGUUGUAUUUUUCAAAAUAAAGUCAGACGUGAUCUUUUUUGUCCAAUUUGCUUGUGUUGUUGUUUUGCUUUUGCUAGUUUAUCUGUUGGUCAAGAACUAGAUCAAGUUGUUUUGUUUUUUUAUACCUAAAUCAGCAGUGAAAAUCUGAAAAGAAUUACUGACUUUCUUUAACUUCUGUUCCACCAAUGAUAUGUUAUAUCAAACACUGGACAUACAAAGUUCAUGGUUUGUUUGUCUUGGCAAGAUAUCCAUCAAUAAAACGGAUAGACAGUUUUACUAUGUUUGAGCACACAGAACAAGUUAGAGCACCAUUACAUUGGACACAAGAUACGUAGGAUAAUCCUGUGCUACGUAGGAUAAUCCUGUGCUCAGUCCCAGAACAAGAUCGAUAAAGCAUACCUGACUUCAUGAUACAUGUAUGACUGGUAGAUUGUGAGCGCCAAAUAACUUGUGAGCUUGUUUGAUGAAGCAAAAUAUUACAAGAUGUCAAAAUAAAGUGAUUUUGCAAAAAA